GCCACACUUUAAUAAAAAGGAGCCAAAUACAAAUAAUUUUGUCUACUAGUACUUUUGUUUGUGAAGAAUUGCAGUCCGAGGGUCUUUCCAAAUAUGAAAGUCACCAAACUUGCGCUGUUGCACAUAUUCUUUGUCUUUGUGCUAUACUCACCAUCUUUUGUACGCUACACAUUAUGCGAAGAAGAUGUUGAUGUUGAAGUAACUGAAACACCUGAAGAAAAGGAAGAAGAGGUAAAAUUGAGCGAAGAGGAACUCCUGAACCAAGCGGAGGAUCCAGUUCUACUCAGUGAAGAUGAUAUCUCAAAACUCUCUAAAACGGGAGAACACCACGAAUAUCAAGCAGAAAUUACUCGUUUGCUCGAUAUUAUCGUAAAUUCCCUCUAUUCAAGCAAGGAGAUUUUCUUGCGUGAGCUCAUCUCCAACUCCGCUGAUGCCCUUGAAAAAUACAAGAUAUUCGCACUUCAAAAUGACUAUGAAGACAAGGGUGAAGAGUUGAACAUAAAGAUCCGUGCUAUUCCAAAUAAGCGUAUUUUGACUAUUAUGGAUAAUGGUAUAGGUAUGACCAAACAUGAUUUGAUUAACAACUUGGGUACCAUUGCCAAAUCCGGAACCGCCAAUUUUUUGGAUGCACUUAAUAAAGGUGAAGGAGAUGCAAGUUUAAUUGGACAAUUUGGUGUUGGUUUUUAUUCUGCGUUUCUUGUUGCAGAUACUGUUAUUGUGCAGAGUAAGCAUUCCACUGAUAAGCAAUAUGUAUGGAAGUCAUCCGCUGAUGCAAACUAUGAACUUUAUGAAGACCCCAAGGGCGACACUUUGGGCGCACACGGUACCUUAAUCACCCUUAAACUCAGAGAAGAUGCUACAAAUUAUCUAAAGCCCGAUGUUCUCCAGGAUUUAGUUAAAAAGUACAGCCAAUUUGUCAAACAUCCAAUCAAACUCUAUAAGCUUUCAAAGGAUGGCGAUUCAGUCGACUGGGCGGUUGUAAAUGAUGUUCCUCCAAUUUGGACAAGGGACAAGACCACAAUUACUCCAGAAGAGUACAUUUCAUUUUAUAAGGCUAUUAGUGGACAUACUGAAGAUCCUUUGACCCACAUUCACUUUUCUGCCGAAGGUGAUGUUGAUUUCAAGGCUCUUUUGUACAUACCUGCACGUCCUGCAAAUAUCUAUUUUGACAGCAACUCCAAAGAACAUAAUGUCAAAAUUUACAGCAGAAGAGUACUUGUAUCUGAAGAGCUUCCAGACUUCAUUCCUAGGUAUUUGUUCUCUAUUUAUGGUGUAGUAGAUAGUGAUUCCUUCCCUCUCAAUGUUUCUCGUGAGCAUCUGCAGCAAUCAAAAUUGAUCAAGGUUAUUGGAAAAAAGAUUGUUCGUACAGUAUUGGAUACUCUUUUGGACUUGAUGAAAAAGAGUGACAAAUCUAAAAAGGCAUUGAAGGAAGAACUUGAAGCUGAGACUGAUGAAGAGAAGAAAAAGGAGAUUGAAAAGAAAAUCGCUCAACCAACAGAGUUUGAUAAAUUCUAUAGCUCAUUUAAGGGUGCACUCAAGGUUGGUUGUUAUGACGAUGAUGCUAAUAGGAAGAAGAUUGCAAAAUUGCUGAAAUACAAGACCUCAAAGCACAAGGAUACUGAAAUUACGCUGGAACAAUACAUUGCCGAAAUGCCUGAGAAUCAAAAGGAUAUUUAUUAUGCAAGUGGAGACUCAUACAAGGAGAUUAAAAACAUUCCACAUUUGCAGGGUUUUGUAAAGCGUGAUUUGGAUGUCUUGUUCUUGAUGGAUACCAUGGAUGAAUCCUGCCUAACACAGCUUAUGGAUUAUGAGGGUAAGAGGUUCAAAUCUAUUCAAAAGGGUGAAAUAUCAUUUGAUCUCACGGAGGAAGAAAAGGAGGAGGAAAAGAAAAAGAUUAAGAAAUACAAGCCACUUACAAAGGUUGCAAAGAAAAUGCUUCCAGAACUCUUGGACGUCAAAGUCUCUAGGCGUCUUACGGAUGAUCCUUGCACUGUUGUUGCUUCUGAAUGGGGAAUGACGGCCCAUAUGGAAAAGCUUGUAAAGUCUUAUGUAGUUCAUAAGCAAGAGGAUAGUUUUGAUGUUGCCUCAAAGUUCAACUCUAGAAUAUUAGAAAUUAACCCAGAUCAUCCAAUCAUGAUUGAGCUUUUGAAGCGUGCUAUCAAAGAUCCUGAAUCAUCGGAUCUUAAACGUUCUAUCUUACUAUUAUACAAUGCAGCAAAGCUUGCCAGUGGAUUUAUAGUGGAAAAUCCCAAAAACGUUGUCCAAUCCGCUUACAAGUAUCUCAACCAUAACCUCGGAGUGGAUGCCAGUUCCAAGCUUGAAGACGUGCAAGUUGAAGAAUCUGAAACUGAAGAAGAGAAACCAGAAGAUCCAGGCACACUCGAUAUUGAAAGACUUAUUGAAAGCAAUAACGUUGAGAUUGAUGAUGAGGUCAAGGAAAGUCUCAAGACACACCUCUACGAAUCUAAACAUCAAACUGAAGGCGAACCAUUGAACCUUGAUCAGUUUGAAAGUCUGAGCGAUGAGGAAGAAGAGGAUGACGAAGAUGAAGAUGAUGACGACCAUGAGCCCAAAACCCACGAAUACGACCCCAAAGAUUCACCAGUCACAGAAGAUAUUAUCACUGAUGAAUUGUAA